UCCAGAUUAUCAUAAUCUAUUAUGGUUCCAAACAAGGUCUAAACUUAGCAAUACGUUUAAUACGGUCAUCAAAUAUGAUUUAACGUGAAAAUACGGUCACUCUAGCACGUACGCGGUGGGUUUAACUAGCUCUUGACCGCCACGUAGUUGGUCUUGAUUCGGCCAAUCUUGCAUGGAGGGCUUUUUUGUAAAAAUACAAAAUUCCCCAUUCUCAAAUCCCUAACCCUCUCCCUCCCCGUCAAAUCCCUAACCCUCUCCCUCCCGUCGCUCUGCUCAUCCUCCCCUCACUCUUCCCUGCCUCCUGUCGCCGUCGAUGUCCAUUCCUGUCGAGGAAGGCAGUUCCUUCCCUGCUGGUGCUCAUGUUUGCAGCCAGCUCGUCCGCCUCUGCUAUCCGCCGUCGGGCAUUGGCGCUGCCGCUGGCCCGCUGCCCGACCUGCAAGGAGAAGGUGCGCAUGUAUGUCUCCGCAAUAGAGAAGCACGACGGAUGGGUCUUCUACAAGUGCGAAAAGCAUGGGGUGACUUGUGAUUACUGGCGGUGGGAGUUGGAGUAUGUUGAGUUCCUUGUUGACAAGCAUUAUCUCAGCGGCGAUGCGGCUGUGGAUGCUAUUGGUGCGAUGGAGGAACGCAAGGAGGAACUUAUUAAAGCACAAGAGUUGUUCUAUAUGAAUGGAUCUGUUAGCUCGGGUAAGAAGGUUUUCAAGAAUGACAAUGGCAAUUUGAUGAGCAGGCAGCAAGCUGCUGCACCGAUGAUGCUUGGAAAAGAGCUGGUGAUGCUCAUGAAGAUGCUGGUUACUAUUGUGGUGGUGCUAGGGCUUGCUGCACUGGUGCUGAUCAUGCUGAAGAAGUGAAGAUGCUUGUUGGUGUAGUGGUGGUGCUGCUAGUUCUUGCUGCUAGGUGAUGCUUUUGUUCCAGCCUGAUGUAAUGGAAUGGUGGUGGUGAACUAUGGUUUUAGCUUAUGUUGUCCUACCUUUUGUUUCAGUCUGAUGCAAUGGAAAGUUAAGUGCAAGUGCUUGAUAUUUUCAAUGUUAAGUGUUCUUGUUUAUGUCCAGAAUUAGAAAUGCUUGAUAUUUUCAAUGUUAAGUGUUCUUGUUUC